CGGGGCCCAGGGCUAGCCUAGCCCAGGGCACAGCCUGGGGAUUGAAAUGCCCCAGGCGUUGUGGGGCACACAAAGCGCACGCGCAGCAGGUUGGGUAGCCUCAGCAUCAAGUAGCGGCGGUUUUGGCAGCAGCAUCCGCAAGAGGUGUGGACAGGUCCUGCCUGACCCCACCCUGGAAAGUCCUUUUGAAGAAAUGGCCCUGGUGAGGGGCGGCUGGCUGUGGAGACAGAGCUCCAUCCUCCGCCGCUGGAAGCGGAACUGGUUCGCCCUGUGGCUGGAUGGGACCCUGGGCUACUACCGCGACGAGACUGCGCAGGAUGAGGAGGACCGUGUGCUCAUCCAGUUCAACAUCCGCGAUAUAAAGAUUGGCCAAGAGUGCCAUGAUGUGCAGCCCCCAGAGGGCCGGAGCCGAGAUGGCCUGCUGACCGUGAACCUGCGGGAGGGCUCCCGUCUCCACUUGUGUGCAGAGACCAAGGAUGAUGCUAUAGCGUGGAAGACGGCACUGCUGGAGGCAAACUCCACCCCGGCCCCAGCUGGAGCCACCGUCCCUCCCAGGAGCCGCCGAGUUUGCCCCAAGGUCAGGUGUGUGACCAGCUCGUGGAGCCCCUGUAAGGUUGAGAGGCGGAUCUGGGUGCGUGUCUACAGCCCGUACCAGGACUACUAUGAGGUGGUACACCCCAACGCGCAUGAAGCCACAUAUAUCCGCAGCUACUACGGACCGCCCUAUGCAGGCCCCGGCGUGACGCACGUGGUAGUGCGGGAGGAUCCCUGCUACAGUGCUGGAGCUCCACUGGCCAUGGGCAUGCUUGCCGGGGCUGCCACAGGUGCAGCCCUCGGCUCGCUCAUGUGGUCGCCCUGCUGGUUCUGACCCCUGGGACUCAGAGUGUGGACCCUGCGCAUAGACCAACAAACCCCUGUUAUUACUUAACCCCACCCAUUGCUACUCUAAGCUCUGCCGUACUUUGGCUCCUUCUUCUCCAUUGGCCGCUUCUGGACUUGGAUCAUCCAUCCCACUGCCCAACACUAUACUGGAAGAAGCUAUCAUCCUAGGCACAAACAUAGCUCAAAAUCCUUGUAUCUCCUGCCGACACCCCAGAAUUUUGUUAUAGACAUAUAUGGACAGGUUUCCUGCAAAUAUACUAAGACACAGAAAACACAGCUCAUGUGAUUCAAAGUCCCACGUGCUGGAGACACUGGAGUCAGAUUCUUUCCUCCAGCUGCUCCAGGGUUUGUAGGAAAAACAGAAGUAAAUAAACACUUGACAAGGCCGACAUCCAUCCUUUGGCCCAUGAAGGUAAAAGCAGACGAAGGUAGGCUAGGAGUAGGGUUGUUGGCAAGAGUGCAGAGCAGUAAAUAUCUUGGCAUGUCCAAGGACUUAAGAGUUCAUUUAGGCUGAGGUGAGGACUGGGAUCAGAUCAUGAUGGACCUCUAGGCUAAAGAGCUUGCUGGAUAAAGGCGAGAUGUAAGCUCUUUGAAGGGAAGUUUCAGGAUUGUGCCUAUAAUGAAUAUAUUGCCUGUUUUGCUAAUAUUGAUACAUACUCAAAUCCAAAACACUCUCUGAAGUUAGCCCCAUCCUUUCUACUAUCAGCUUCCUGGGUCCCUUGUUCCUUCAGUGCUCAGAAAACAUCUAUUCCCUGUGUUAGGCUGCCUGGGGCAGCAAUCGAGCUGAAGCUGGGGUCUCCUUGCUGGGGGGCAGAUGAGCUCUGUUUGGAACCUCCAGCCCUAGGAUGGUGCCUCCAUCAGGAAAUGCAUUCCUGGUCCCCAGGAACUUGGACCUGUCUCCAUAGCUGUGGCUGUCAACCAUCUCAGGCUUUGUCUUUUCCUUCACUCUGGGAGAGAUGGCAGUAUUCACCUAUUGGGCCUGAUCCACUGGGAAGCCUCACACGUGCCUUCCUGUCAGGUGGCCCAGCAGUCUCUCCAUUUGGCUUGCUUCCAAUUUCUUUUCCCAUUCUGUACUAAUAGAAGUGCUAAAAUUCCUGGCCAGUAGCCAGAGUAGCCUGCUAAAGUUCCCUUGUAAACAGGGGCUCCAAUGGCCCUGCGGCAGAGACUAAUAAAGAUGUGAUUGGCUCUA